UCCGGCGGGCGUGGUUACGCGGGGUGUUCGGGAGGACGGAUAUGGCGCGUGAACUGCGGGCUCUUCUUCUGUGGGGCCGUCGCCUGCGUGUGUCGUCGCUGGCGUCCGCUCCGGGAGGAAAAUCAGUUCUGUGCCCUUGGAGGACCCCAGUCCAGUCCAGUUGCCCCAGGCGAAAUCUGGCUUUGAGCUUCCACACUGGACGUCCAUUCAGCUCUCAAGCUGCUGAGGACCCGAAGGAGGAGCCCCUCCAUUCCAUCAUCAGCAGCACAGAGACUGUGCAGGGUUCUGUUUCCAAACAUGAAUUCCAGGCUGAGACAAAGAAGCUUCUGGACAUUGUUGCCCGUUCCUUGUACUCAGAAAAAGAGGUGUUUAUACGGGAGCUGAUCUCCAAUGCUAGUGAUGCCUUGGAAAAAAUGCGUCACAAGCUGGUGUCUGAAGGCCAAACGCUGCCAGAGAUGGAGAUUCACUUGCAGACUGACACUGAGAAAGGCACCAUCACAAUCCAGGACACUGGCAUCGGGAUGACACAAGAAGAGUUGGUGUCCAACCUCGGUACAAUCGCCAGGUCGGGGUCAAAGGCCUUUCUGGAUGCGCUGCAGAACCAGGCAGAGGCCAGCAGCAAGAUCAUUGGCCAGUUUGGAGUGGGUUUCUACUCGGCUUUCAUGGUGGCCGACAGAGUUGAAGUCUUUUCCCGCUCAGCCAGCCCGGGCAGCCCUGGUUACCAGUGGCUUUCAGAUGGCUCUGGAGUAUUUGAAAUCGCUGAAGCCUCAGGAGUUAGAACUGGGACCAAAAUCAUCGUCCACCUCAAACCAGACUGCAGAGAAUUUGCUAGCGAGGCCCGGGUUCGAGAUGUGGUGACAAAAUACAGUAACUUCGUCAGCUUCCCACUGUACCUUAACGGAAAGCGCAUGAAUACCUUGCAGGCCCUCUGGAUGAUGGACCCCAAGGACGUGGGCAAGGAGCAGCACGAGGAAUUCUACUGCUACAUCGCUCAGGCCCAUGACAAGCCCCGCUACACUCUGCACUACAAGACGGACGCCCCUCUCAGUAUCCGCAGCAUCUUCUAUGUGCCAGAAACAAAACCAUCCAUGUUUGAUGUAAGCCGGGAGCUGGGCUCCAGUGUCUCUUUGUAUAGCCGCAAGGUCCUCAUCCAGACCAAGGCUACCGAGGUCCUGCCCAAGUGGCUGCGCUUCAUUCGAGGUGUGGUGGACAGUGAGGAUAUCCCUCUGAACCUCAGCCGGGAGCUCCUCCAGGAGAGCGCUCUGAUCAGGAAACUCCGGGACGUUCUACAACAGAGGCUAAUAAAAUUCUUCAUUGACCAGAGUAAAAAAGACGCUGAGAAAUACGCCAAGUUUUUUGAAGAUUAUGGCUUGUUCAUGAGAGAGGGCAUUGUGACCACUGCCGAACAGGAGGUCAAGGAGGAUAUCGCAAAGCUGUUGCGCUAUGAGUCCUCGGCACUGCCCGCCGGGCAGCUGACCGGUCUCGUGGACUACGCCAGCCGCAUGCAGGCGGGCACACGCAACAUCUACUACCUGUGCACCCCCAACCGACACCUGGCUGAGCACUCACCCUACUAUGAGGCCAUGAAGCAGAAAAACAUGGAGGUUCUAUUCUGCUAUGAGCAAUUUGAUGAGCUGACUUUGCUCCACCUUCGUGAGUUUGACAAGAAGAAGCUUAUCUCUGUGGAAACAGACAUCGUCGUCGAUCACUACAAGGAGGAGAAGUUUGAGGACAGGUCCCCAGCUGAUGACUGCCUGUCAGAGAAGGAGAUGGAGGACCUGAUGGCCUGGAUGAGAAAUGCUCUGGGGUCGCGUGUCACAAAUGUGAAGGUGACUUUUCGACUAGACACGCACCCUGCCAUGAUCACUGUGCUGGAGAUGGGGGCCGCCCGGCACUUCCUGCGCAUGCAGCAGCUGGCCAAGAGCCAGGAGGAGCGCGCUCAGCUCCUGCAGCCCACGCUGGAGGUCAACCCCAGGCACACACUGAUCAAGAAGCUCAGCCAGCUGAGGGAGAGCGAGCCUGACCUGGCCCAGCUGCUCGUCGAUCAGAUCUAUGAGAACGCCAUGAUCACAGCAGGGCUCGUCGAUGACCCCAGGUCCAUGGUGGGCCGCCUGAACACCCUGCUCGUCAAGGCUCUGGAGCGACACUGAGGGCGAAGGCUGGACCCUGCGGUGCGGGGGUGCAGCACAGCAGCCGCGAGAGCCCCGCAUCUUCCCUGUACUGUUAAAGCUCCAGGGGAGGUAACGGUGGAACUGGGUGCCUCUGCUAUGGGAAGACGAGUGGGAAGGAAGGACUGGACGCCACCAAUGAGAACACACCCUUUGCAGCUCUAUUUACUUAAAUUAAAAAGUGUUUCUUAA